UGGGCUUGCCUAAUUGGCUUCUGUUAAUAUGCAGAUAUGGUUGGAUCUAAUUGGAUUAUGACAACUGUGGCUCUGCCUUCUUCCUUACUAGUACAUGUUGUGGUAAAAAGGGGCUUCUCUUACUCCACCGACGCCUUUUGCUAGACUGAUUGUCGAAGGGAAUGAAAACAUCCCGUCAGAGGCUAACCACUAACGCCCACGUAUUCUGUGCUCCAGUCUUGUAAAGUGGGGUAUAAAACCAAGCCUGCCUAAAGCAAUCUCUUGUUAUAGUGAAGUCAACGAAGGCCUUGCAGGUUGCCUCAUCACACUAGCUCCACAGAGAGAAGCCUGGAUAAUAGUAUUGAGCUUUUUAGCAGUGACAGCAGCAGGAGGUCAAUGGCGGCCGUACAGGUUUGCAUGCAGCAACAGCAACAGGAGAACCCUUUCACAAACAUCUCUCGUACUACUGCCUGCGUUAACUGGAACUACCAGGGAUCCAUGAAUCCUUCUCCUACAGGUCUACCGAUUAGCAGUGGCAAUAGCAACCUGCCUUACAUAGCUCAGCAGCACAACAUACAGUACAGUGUCACUACAUACAAGCCGCAGCAGUAUUACGAGUAUGAAUGCAACACACCUCCAGUCGGUGAGGGACCACCAGUCACCAGUUUCUGCAGUCCAGACUACACCAAGAGCCGCCCUCUCUCCCACUACACUUCCACUAAUUCCCUCCACGGUGCAGAAAUGGGUGUAUUGACUGCUGCGAAUACAACAGCAUCGCAGGCAGCUCUCCCUCCAACUGAAUGGUUCACUGGAGGCACGUCCGUGGCCUCUCGUUUCUCUCCGUUGAAUACUCCCCGUUUCCCCCCGCAUACUGCCGCACUCGUUUCACAGCCAUUUAUCAGCCAACCCACGGUUCUUCCCACCUGGCCUAUGGAAACCGCCGCUAGCCCGAACACCAGCACCUCCAACAGUCUCCUACCACCACCAGCGCAGCCAAACGACCCACUACAAGUAAUCUCUGAGACAGAGUCGCCCUCAUCACAGGCAAUCGUUUCUUCAAUAUGUUCAGCAGGCUCGAGCGCCAAUGAACUGCCCACGCUUCCUUACAUCCCGUCAUUGGACCCACAGAACCAUGUAGCCACCUCCUCCUUCUCCCCUCUCUCAAUGCCACACCCAUCCUCACAAGGAACUGGGAUAUCAUCACUCACGGCUUCGUUAAAUAUCCUUCAUUCCAUUGGACAAGGGCUGCCAGCCGCGAGGACUAACAGAAAACCCAGGCGACAGAACCCGGCUAACAGCAACAGCCCUAGAAAACCCAAACCAGAGAAGAAGUCGCCAACCGAGAAACCUCACGUUUGCCCGGUUGACAACUGCGGGAAAAGGUUUUCACGCUCUGAUGAACUAACGCGUCACCUUCGCAUUCACACGGGACAAAAGCCGUUCCAAUGUCACAUAUGUCUUCGGUGCUUCUCUCGCUCGGAUCACCUCACGACGCACAUAAGGACUCAUACCGGGGAGAAACCCUUUGCCUGUGAUGUGUGUGGGCGUAGGUUUGCAAGAUCCGACGAGAGAAAGAGACACAAGAAAGUACACGACAAAGAAAUGGUCCACCAAGUGAACAGAAACUUACAAAGUUCAGAGCCGAAUCCUCAAGUGGCCACGUCUCCAAAGGAGCAGCCGAAUGACGACAGCGGACUAGCCUCGAUUCACGUUAGCUAUCAAACUCCACCCACUUCUAAUCCAGGUGGAUUAGUAGCAACUUCCACUGCGAGUGUAGAAGAAAUUAAACUAGAGCCUCUGUCUCUCCCGUCAACCCAACAAGGACAGCAAGAGGGAGCUGCCAUGUUAUUGCAACAAGAGGGACUAGUUCUACCAUCGGAUCAACAGGAAAGCUUAUUGAUAUCCUCCGUCCAGCAAGGAGGACUCCUAAUACAACAGGAAGGUUUAAUCAUGUCCCAGCCUGAUAGCCUUGUUACUACUCUACAGCAGGAGGCUCUGCCACAGCAGCAGCAACAAGGUCUAACUCAGACGACGACAUCCCCUUGACUUUAACGUGGUAUUUAUAAUUAAUCUUACUAGCUUUAAAGUGACUAUGACUCUGCACUACUACUAAAUAAAUAAAUUUUUUCAUUUUCUUUUCUUUACUUUGGUACAUAUCUUUGUACAUCUUUUCCCUUCACUCUCUCACAUUAUCAGUUUUUUCUUCAUUAAGUAACACAUACCCCCCAACACAAUUCCACACACACACAGUCACAAACAUUUUCUUUUUCCUCUUGUUCACCAUUAUUCAAAUCAUCCACUCUCUUUUUUCUCUCCCUCUUCCCCCCCCCCCUCUCUCUCUGUUCACAUGGUUUUUUGUAAAUAAAGAUAAAAUAAACAAUAAUAAUAAUUAUAUAGUUUUUGUUGUUAAAAAUAAUAAUUAUCAAAAAACACCUUCAAGAUUGUUGAUACAGUAAAA